AUGGGCACGUCGAACUGCGCCGAGGUCACACCGCAAUGCCCUGUCUCGGCAACCACUUACGGGCACCGGCCCAACCUGGGAAGUAAUUGCUUGUUCGCAGCCAUCUUUGGGUUCUGUGCGGUAUAUCAACUGGUGGCAGGCAUCAGGUCUCGCCAGACAAUGUUCACCAUUGCUCUCACAGUCGGCUGUGCGAUGGAGCUGAUCGGAUACACCGGGAGAAUCAAAAUGCACACAAACCCGUGGGAUAGUGGUUACCUUGAAACCCAGACCAUCCGCUUGAUCAUUGCUCCAUCCUUCCAUAUUGUUAUGGCUCUCGCCCUGGAAAAAUCACUGCUACGGCCUGAUCUUAAUCCGUGGCUCUUUGUGGGUUGCGACAUCGGCUCUAUCCUACUUCAAGCAGCUGGGGGCGGACUUCUCAAUACAGGCAAUAAAAUCAUGAUUGCGGGCAUCGCAUUUCAAAUCGCAACGCAUAUAGCUAAUUCCAGAUGGCUCAGACUUCCCGAGAUGGCCGGAGGCUGGGGCAAUCCCUUCGGUUGA